AUGGUUCUGCUGGCUCUGGCCGUCGCCGUCCCCUUGCUGCUCCUCCGGACCCCCGACACCUCCGCCCAUUACUACGAGAUGAUGGGCACCUGUCGGAUGGUCUGCGACCCCUACACCCCCAAACCCGGGGGCGCCACGGCCAUGGAGGUGAUCCAGAACCUGAAUGACGUUGCGCCGCAGCCCCCCAUGGCGCAGGGGGGUCGCGGGGAGCCAGGGCGAGCGGGGAGACCGGGACCCAGGGGCCCACCGGGAGAACCGGGACCCCCGGGUCCGAGGGGGGCACCGGGACAGCGCGGGGACAGUAAACUCGGCUUCCCUGCGGUAACCGGAUCCACGGGGGCUGAAACCGGAGUAUCCGAGAACUCCACCAUCACGUCCAGCUACAGGAUCGCGUUUUACGUGGGACUGAAGAAUCCGCACGAAGGAUAUGAGGUGUUAAAGUUUGACGACGUGAUUACGAACUUGGGGAACCACUACGACUCGAGCACCGGGAAGUUCACCUGCCAUGUGUCCGGGAUCUAUUUCUUCACCUACCAUGUGCUGAUGCGCGGGGGGGACGGGACCAGCAUGUGGGCCGACCUGUGCAAAAACGGACAGGUCCGGGCCAGUGCCAUCGCUCAGGACGCAGACCAGAACUACGACUACGCCAGCAACAGUGCCGUGCUGCACCUGGACUCUGGGGACGAGAUCUACGUCAAGCUGGACGGAGGCAAAGCCCACGGGGGCAACAACAACAAGUACAGCACCUUCUCCGGCUUCAUCCUGUACCCAGACUAA